AUGAAUUCGAAGCCCGGUUACAAAAGGCGCUGGGUACAUCAGCGAUUGGGAUGGCCCUUGAGAGUCCCACAUAACCCGCAAACUCCCUCAGACAAUAUCAGUGAAAGUGAUUCGCCGGGGCAAGGGAGACUUGUUGUGCCUAUCGUCCAGCGCCCCAUAAUCUGGUUUGACGGCAUCGAGAGCAUCGAGGUCGACCGGUUUGUUCAUGAGAUGCGCGCAAAUUUCUUCUCGGACGCAUUCAAGCGGUGCCUCAAUCAGGCCGUCAUUUACGGCGAUGAACAAGCUCCGCUAGGGGAAUCCUCCUUACUUAAUGAGCGGCCUUCAAGCACCUGUUCCGAAUCCCAUCCAGAAAGUUCAUCGGUUCAAGAGGCAGCAAGGGCCACCAGCGGACAGACUGUAACAAAGUGUCUCACACCCAAGUUCGACAGCGGAGCCGACUUCAGCAUAAUACCUGAAAAGACGUUAACGAGGCUGAGGAAAAGCUAUACGAGUAAAUCCAACCUGCAUCCAGAGCAUAUGUCCCGGAUGACGCUGGUGGAUGUACGGGGCGAAAGUUUCGUUGCGGUCGGUAUAGUUCCACUUCUUUGGUAUCUCGACAGUUCUCCCAGCGUCCUCCUGAGUACCACAUUCUAUGUGGUACGCGAGAAUAUCGGCCACGAUCUCAUCAUUGGCAGCGAUGUCAUGCAUGCUGUUGCAGCUGCUGUGGCUCAGGACAAGGCAGUGCGCAGUAGGGGUCCGAGGGGAGUGCACAAUACGGGUCCUAGUCAACUGAAAAAAGCGGUCCGACUCAUGGGCAUGCUGCGACAUCGAUCAAGUGGAAGUCUCCGCGGACAUGCUGCACCCAGGCCUCCGCAUCUCCCAACAGUCGAUGAGACUGCAGCGGUUCCCAACGGCAGUGCAGGGUAG